AUGGCCCCCAAAGGAACAUCUGAGGGCGCGGGCACCACGUCAGAAGCCCCCAAGAAGAAGCACGGCUUCAGAGUCGGACCCGAGAAUCUACCAGACGGGCCAUGGCGUCGCAAAGUCGAUCAGAAGAAGCGUGAUUUGAUUCACAGAGCCAAGGUCAAGAAGCAAUACGCCAAGAUCAAGGCUGCGGAGGAAGCCAAAGCCCGGCCCAGCCACGGUGAUGAUGAGGAUGACGGCGAGGAUGGAGUGAACUCGGCACAAGGCGACGCCCAGGAGGACAAUGAAGAGGAAGGAGAGAAGAUGCAUCCCACAAGGCAGCUCAUGAUCAAGGAUGAAGACAUGGCACAGGUGGGAGUGGAUGCGUCCGGCCCCGGUGACGGCCACAGGCGGAGGACUCGACGCCCAGGCUACUACGACAAGCAGCUGAAGAAGGCUGAAGACCGCCGUCAAGAGGCCGACGCCAAGAGAAAAGAGUAUGAGCGACGGAUGGAGGAGCGAGCACAGAAACAGGCUGAGCGGGAGAGGUUUAAAAGGGCCAUGGCCAAGACGAGGGACAAGGACGGCAAGAAAAAGCUGGGCAGGGAGAGUUCAUUGUUGUUGGAAAAGGUCAAGAGGCUUGUUGCUCAGAAAUGA